CUGGAAGGGACCCAAGGGUCAUCUAGGCCAACCCCCUCAUUAUCUUUGCUAAGAGGUCUAUAAACUGAGAUGCAAAGGUCACACAGCCAACUGCCGACAAAACCAGGAAGGGCUGUCAACUUCAAAUCCCAACUUCUUGAUAUCCGUGUCAUAAUUACAAGUCUAGUUUCCUCCAUGUAUAAAAAGGGGAAGGUGGAAUCAGCCCUUUUAAUACAGCAUUGUAGGCGCUGUAAAAAAAAAGGCCUUUGUGAAAUCCCUAAAACUCUUUUUCAUCUACCAGGUGAUCAGCCAUCAAACAGUGUGGAUGAGGACAUGGGGAGUUGGUUCCCUAAAUGUCCCAAGCUAAUAAAUGUCAGAGAAGUUGCUUUCUCUUCCAUUUCAAUGCUGGCCAAACCCAGCUGUCCCAGACAGAUAUAAAGGGAACGUUUCCCCGCAGUAAACCACACUACCUCUGCCUCUUUUGCUUUGCAGUUUCGCUUCCCCCUUUCUUCUUCCAACUUCUGCUCUCCUACAAAACCAUGUCUUGCCACUCAAACUCUGCAUGUGGCCCCAGGAAUUUCAGCUCCUGCUCAGCUGUCCUGCAUCCUGCAGGUCAUGCUUCCCGGAUGAGCACUUCCUGCUCUGCUAAGGUCACUGAGAUCAGCUAUGGAGGAGAGGGUCAUUUUAGUAGCAGGAGCCUGGGUGGCGCCGGUUCAUGUGGCCCCAGGAUGGCUGCCAACAGUUGCCUGCCUCCGCGGUGUGGAUAUAGCUGUCAUGGUGCCGGCACUGGAUACAGCUAUUGCGGCACUGGAUACGGCUAUGGUUUCAGGCGCUCUGGAGUCUGCCCACCCUGUUCACCUGGCAUCACCCCCGUCACUUGCAACGAGACGCUGCUUCAACCUCUCAACCUGGGGAUCGAUGCCACAGCCCAAGCAGCAAAAUGCCAAGAGAAGAAUGAACUCCAGUUCCUCAACAGCAAGUUUGCCUGUUUUAUUGACAAGGUCCGAUUCUUAGAGCAGCAGAAUCUGAUGCUGAAGACGAAAUGGGACUUCUUGCAAGAGAGGAAGUGCUGCAAAAGUAACAUGGAGCCCAUGUUUAAUGAGUACAUUGCCAACCUGAAGAAAGAGCUGGAGUGCUUGGAAUGUGAGAGGGCACAGCUGCAGGCGGAAAUGAAAAACUGGAGCGACACCCUGGAGUGCAACAGGAAGAAGUUCGAAGAGGAGUGUCACCGCCGCACAUGUGCUGAAAAUGAGUAUGUGACUAUUAAAAAGGAGGUGGAUUGUGUUUUCAUGGACAAGUCAGAAAAGGAGACUAAAGUGGACGCCUUGAGGAAAGACAUCUCCUUUUUCAGAGCUACCUUUGAGGAGGAAAUCCAUGAGCUGCAGUCUUGCAUUUCGGACACCUGUGUCACAGUGCAGAUGGACAACAGCCGAGGCCUGAACAUGGACUGUGUCAUUGAGGAAUUCCGGCGUCGGUAUGAAGAUAUUGCCUCUCGGAGCCGGGCUGAGGCUGAAGCUUGGUGCCAUUGCCAGUAUCAAGAGUUGAAAACGACUGCGGCCAAACACUGUGAUAACCUGCGAAGCGUCAAGGAAGAACUUAGUGAGCUGACCCGGAUGGUCCACAGGCUGGAGGCAGAAGUUUCAAAUGUCAAAGCCCAGAAAGCAAAACUGGAAGAGGAGGUGGCUGCAGCUGAGGAGCGUGGGGAGAUAGCUGUGAAAGAUGCCAAAUGCAAGUUGGCUGAGCUGGAAGAUGCCUUGCACAAGGCCAAGCAGGAUAUGGCCUGCCAGCUGCGAGAGUACCAGGAGCUGAUGAAUGUCAAGCUGGCCCUGGAUAUUGAGAUUGCCACCUACAGGAAGCUGCUGGAAGGAGAGGAAUACAGGUUGGGUGAGGGAGAAUGUGCUGUGAACAUCUCUGUGCGAAGGAGCCAGGGUGCAGUUGUGUGCGACACCGACCCACAACCUGUGUGUGGGCCCCGCGGCAAGAUCACAACAACCUGUGGCCCUCGAGUGACAACCUGCGGGCCAGGCAGAGAUUCGUGUGUGGAUGCCAUGCAUCCUUGCAGGGAUGGGGUGACGUGUGUUCCUCCCUGUGGCCCACCUUGCGGAGAACCAUGUCCCCCUCCACGGGGUUUCAGUUGUGGGAGUGGCAGGGGCUCCAGCGUCAAGUUUGUAGCACCCGCUGGCUACUGCGGACGAAGAUACUAGGAAGGUCAAUAGGCAGCUGGCACCGCGGAUGACCAAUAAUGGCAACCUCCCCCUAUUACUGCCUACCAAUAGCAAAUACUGAAAACAGCAGAUUUGCCAAACAAACCCCUUUGCAGAUGUUACAAAUGCCCUGCUGUCAAUUUGAUAUUUAUUCAGAAAUACUAAAGUGAUGGCUCCCACCAUACAUUUCUACAAGCU